GGCCCGGGCCGGCCGGGGGAUCCGGCGCGGCCGGAGCGAGAGAGCUCGGGAGAGCGGCGGCGGAGUGGAGCCGUGUUGCGUCCCGUCCGGGAGCCGGCGGGCUGCGGUCCCCCUAGCUGCAGCCCCCAUGGAGAAAUACAAAGCUCUGGAGCAGCUGCUUACAGAACUUGAAGAUUUUCUGAGGAUCCUGGACAAGGAGAACUUGAGCAGCACUGCCAUCGUGAAGAAGAGCUUCCUCUCCGAUCUCCUGAGAGUCUACACCAAGCCCAGCGGUGGAGAUGAGGAAUAUAUUUAUAUGAACAAAGUGACCAUCCAUAAACAGCAGGGGGACCAGGAGAAGCAAGACAAAGCACUGGAUAGGAAAAACUCCUUGACCAAUGGAGACUCAGGACUGCAUUUGUCCCCUCCUCAGAAGAGCCUGCCAGACCUCCCCCCUCCAAAGGUUCCUGAGACAAAGCAACCUCCGGUCCCCAAGAUCGAAUCCCCGGAGGGAUAUUACGAAGAGGCUGAGCCCUAUGAUGUCUCUGUAAAUGGUCUUUUUGGUAGGCUUGCUGCGGCUGGACCCAGGCCAGGGUUACAGGUUACUGAGGGUGUUAUUUAUGCCACGAUAACGAUGGAAGAUGGGGAAGCUGUUAGUAGCUCCUACGAGUCUUACGACGAGGAAGAAAGCAACAAAGGCAAAUCAGCGACUCAUCAGUGGCCAUCCACCGAGGCCACCAUCGAGCUGAUGAAGGAUGCCCGAAUCUGUGCCUUCCUGUGGAGAAAGAAGUGGCUGGGACAGUGGGCAAAACAGCUGUGUGUUAUCAAGGACACCAGGCUGCUGUGCUACAAGAGCUCCAAAGACCACAGCCCUCAGCUUGAUGUGAAUUUGCUGGGCUGCACUGUCAUUCACAAGGAAAAGCAAGUGAAGAAGAAGGAGCACAAGCUGAAGAUCAUCCCCAUGAACGCUGAUGUCAUCGUGCUGGGGCUGCAGAGUAAAGACCAGGCAGAGCAGUGGCUCAGGGUAAUCCAGGAGACCAGCGGGCUGCUGUGUGAAGGAGGCAGCGAAGGCAACCAGUACAUCCCAGAUUCACAGCGGCUCAGUUACCCAAAGGUGGAGGUAUCUGAGAGGUACUCUGCAGCCUCUGAGAGUGGGAGCAGCACAGAUGGCCACCCAGAGACAGCUGAGACAAAAGAUGUUAAGAAGAAAUGCACAACUGGCCUGAAACUGAGCAACCUGAUGAACCUUGGGAGGAAAAAAUCCAGCUCCUUGGACAGCCCAGAGAGAUCCCUGGAGACUUCAAGCUACCUGAAUGUGCUAGUGAACAGCCAGUGGAGGUCUCGUUGGUGUCAGAUCAAAGAUGGUCACCUCCAUUUCUACCAGGAUAAGAACCGAAGCAAGCUGGCUCAGCAGCCCCUGAGUCUGGCAGGCUGUGAGGUUGUCCCAGAGCCCAGCCCUGAUCAUCUCUAUUCCUUCCGCAUCCUGCUCAACGGUGAAGAAAGAGUCCUUCUGGAGGCUAAGUCCUCAGAGGAGAUGGGCCACUGGCUGGGUCUCCUCUUGUCGGAGUCGGGUUCGAAGACAGACCCGGAGGAGUUCACCUACGACUACGUGGAUGCCGAGAGGGUCUCCUGCAUUGUGAGCGCUGCAAAGAACUCCUUCUUCCUCAUGCAGAGGAAGUACUCUGAGCCCAAUGCCUACAUCGACAACCUGCCCAAAGGCAGGAUGCAGCAGGAGGAGCUGUACGAUGAUGUGGAUCUGCCAGACCUGCCUGCGGAAGAAGUACCCAAGAGUGAGAACAAAUCUGAAGGUGACCAAGAUAGAGUGUACCUGGAUCUGACCCCAGUGAAGUCCUUCCUCCACUGUGCUAGCAAGAAGUCGUGCCAGCCUUCACCCCUCAGCUCACCAUCCCUGGAAAGGGCUGCCAUCAAGGCUCCAGCAGAGAGCACAGCCGAGACAGUCCCUGUGCCUAAGGAAGCCGAGCCCUGCACUAAGGCGAUGGAGACCUCCGAGCAGAAACACCCAGAGAAGCCAGAGCCCGAGGAGGUGCUGCCACGGAUGCCCAUGGUCAAAAUCCAGACACAGCAGCAGAACAUUGCCUUCCCCCAGCCAGCCCCUGAGCCACCAGCAGGCAAAGUCACAGCAGGCAGUCCCCAGCUGGUGCCUGCACACCGGCCCAAGAUGCCACUGCCAGCAGCAGCAGUGGAAAUCAAGCUUGGCAAGAACAGGACAGAGGCAGAGGUGAAGCGGUUUACGGAGGAGAAGGAGCGGCUGGAGAAGGAGAAGGACGAGAUCCGGGCUCAGCUCACCCAGCUGCGCAAGGAGAGGCGGGAGCUGAAGGAAAUGCUCGGGGGCAGCACAGACAAGAACCUGGAGCAGAGGCUGAAGGAGAUAGAAGAAGAAUGCAAAAGGAAGGAGAGCAGGAGGGUGGACCUGGAGCUCAGCCUGGUGGAGGUGAAAGAAAACCUGAAGAAGGCAGAGUCUGGCCCUGUGACACUGGGCACUGCAGUGGACACCACACACCUGGAGAAUGCAGCCCCUCGGAUGCAGUCCAAAAGUGCCAGUCCAGCCAACAGCACAGAGAACUCUCCUGUCAAUUCAGCUACGGCUUUAAAGAAUCGGCCUUUGUCCGUCAUGGUGACAGGGAAGGGAACAGUCCUACAGAAAGCCAAGGAAUGGGAGAAGAAGGGAGCCAGUUAGAACCAUGCUUUUCACAGAUGGACUAAAGACUGGAACUGGCCAUGCAUGGCCCAAGGGGAUUUAAUCAUCUGUAGGUGGAGGUUGGGUGUGGAACACAACCACACACCAAGUGCCUCCUCCACAUCAAGCCAAUAGCUCAGACACAGCAACAGAGUCAAGAGCUGCCAACCUGAGUUACCCAAACGAUCUUGCUCUUUCCAGACAAGUCCCAAUCAUGUAGCUAAACCAAUAACAAGCAGUGGCAAUCCUUGCAUCAAAUUCCUAACCCAGUUGAUGUAAACAAGAAUGUUGCUGUACAUAGGGGUGUUCUGUGUAUUUCUACCUUGAAGGUUUAUCAAUGAAUUAUUAAGGUUUCUGUAUUAGUGACAGUAGUGGGUUCAGAAAGGGGCCUCUGCUAUUCUUUGGAUCCUGGUGGUUUUCAAGCUGUCAUGGCAAACUGCAGUCAGCUAAAGUCUCUCACCUGUCUUGCUGUCAGUCAUCACUCAGCUGCAUUUCAUCCACUACCUAUGCCUGAGCGAUGCUGGACUUGAGACAUGAACAAGAAGCACACAGCAGCCUGGCCAGGGGAUACUUAAUGGCUGUCCUGAUACAUCCCAGCCUGGGCUCACUCUACCAGUCUGCUGGAGACCUACCAGACUAUCAAGGAAGAUCCCUGCUCACCUUGUGCUUUAAGCUGAGCUACAGACUGGAGGCACCAGGAGCUCUGGGCAAAGACGAUCUGCCAAGCAGAAUUCAGUUAAUUUUCUUGAAGAUAGUGGUCUGUGGAAAAGAGAGUUGGGGGAGGGGGGUGGAAAUCACUCCUUCAUAUUUGCAGGUUUAUUAGUAAUUAUGUACCAAAAGCUCAGGCCUGCUCAGCUGUUGGAUGGGGAAGCUGGAUCCCAAUGUUUAUUCAGGGUAGCAGAGGUACAGCUGUUGCUGUGCUUCUGCCCCAGCUGUGAGCACCACUUUGCUGAUGCUCUCAGGUCCUCACAGAGCUGCAGCUGUACAAUCUGCUGAAGACAUUCCCAUGCAAAAGGCAUCCUUCCAUGUGGGCAGGGCUGAGCAGCCUGACUUGCUCCCCUCCUCGAUGGCUGCUGCCUGUCUUGGUGCUGUCACCCUUAUUUCCAAAUUGUUGAACUUAGCAUAGCCUUUGGGCCCUGGCAGUGUGGCCUGCAUAGCCCACCCCUCUCUGCCCUAGCCAAGCUUUCUAAUGAAAGAUAUUAAGACAUUUGGAACUGCUAACCUUAGAGACAUUUGAAAUUUGAAGGGGGAUGUGGGUGUCAGAAAUCCAGGCACGUGCCCCUCUGCUGUCACAUCUGAUGGCCUGGAGACAUCUCUGCCCUCCUUCUCUCAUGGUCCUGGAGACACCUCUGCUGCCUUUCUCUGAUGGUCCUUUCAUCACUGGUGCCCAGGCUCAGCAACUGGGUUGCCUGUGCCAGGCUCUUUUCCAACCCUACAAAGCUAAAGCAGCAUUGGCAUCUUGGCUGGGUUGGUCCUUAGGUCCUGUGGCUACACACAGAGCAGCAGCCAGAGCCAGGAUAAAGACAGACAAGCAAAAUGUACCUUCCCAACCCCUGAAAACCUUUUACAGGCCUGAGAACACCAUCUCUGCACAAAGACCCAACAACCCCAGGACAGGGGUUUGCAGAGCUGCAACACCCAGAACUGAUGGUGGCACUGGAGUGAGUAAGGAUGUGCAUGAGGGGCUCCAUGCUUGCCUGCCACCACCACCAAACUGAAAUACAACAAAGCUCUUGGAUCAGGGGCUCCUGCAAGCACUCCCUUUGGUUUUGUUUUUACUUUGAAAUUCUCUGCAGCGGUGCAGGUGGAGGAAUUGCUAAUCUCAGGCCUUGGGAUGAGUACAACAGCCCCAGCUGUAUGGCCUGUUCCUGUGCAAAGUUUUGCGCAUAGGGAAACCUCAUGCAAAUAAACCACUGAAACUUCUGGCUCAGGAGCCCAGGCUUUCUCCCCAUAGCACAGGGAGGCCAUGGACACCAUGAACCUUUGGUUUUGACCCAUCCUGAGCUGGCAGCAGCCCCUCUCUACACCCUAAAUAUUACCAUGCCCUUACCUUACACCUUGCUGUUGUCCUCCAGAAGUUGUCCAGACAUUUCACAGUGGUACUGAGACAGCAAUGGAUGAGAGCAGCUCUGUUUUCCUCACCACAGCCCAACAGCCUUUAGUGGUCCUGCUGGGAAAUCAUCUCCCUCAGGGGAUGAUAAACACAGGCAAGUCCCCAGACAAGAAAUGUUAAACAAUGUCUCUGUGUCCCCAUUGUUUCCCCAGCUCCAGGCAUUUCCUUUGUUGUAACUGUGAUCUAUAAAGUGGCGCUUUAGAGUGUUUUAUAAUAAAAGGUU